CUCUGCUUGUUCGAGGAAGAAGGCGACUUGGGGAGGCUUCUCAGAGGCCAGCAGCGCCCUCGGAGCGCGCCCCAUGGGGCUCGGGUCUCCGGAGCCUUCGCAUCCGUCUCGGUCGAUCCAGGCUUGUCCAGCAGCCGAGAGACCCCGGGGCCAGUGACUUGCGACCCGUGCGAGAGCAGCCGAUCGAUCGCCGGUCGCCCCGCAGUCUCCCACAGGCUUCAGGACAAACCACUGUCGCUGCAUCAGGGGGUCGGGACUGCCCCCUCCACACCCAGCCCCAAGCGAUGAUGAAGACAACGUCCAGUGGGAACUGCGCGCUGAGCGUGCCCGCCAAGAAUUCCUAUCGUAUGGUGGUCUUAGGGGCCUCCAGGGUGGGCAAGAGCUCCAUCGUCUCGCGUUUCCUCAAUGGCCGCUUUGAAGACCAGUACACUCCCACCAUCGAGGACUUUCACCGAAAGGUUUACAACAUCCGGGGGGACAUGUAUCAGCUGGACAUCCUGGACACAUCAGGCAACCACCCCUUCCCAGCCAUGAGGAGGCUGUCCAUCCUCACAGGAGACGUCUUCAUCCUGGUGUUCAGUCUGGAUAACCGAGAGUCCUUCGACGAAGUCAAACGUCUCCAGAAGCAGAUCCUCGAAGUGAAAUCCUGCCUAAAGAACAAGACCAAGGAGACGGCCGACCUGCCCAUGGUGAUCUGCGGCAACAAGAACGAUCACGGCGAGCUCUACCGCCAGGUGCCCACCACCGAGGCGGAGCUGCUCGUCUCGGGGGACGAGAACUGUGCCUAUUUCGAGGUGUCGGCCAAGAAGAACACCAACGUGGAUGAGAUGUUCUACGUGCUCUUCAGCAUGGCCAAGCUCCCUCACGAGAUGAGCCCCGCCUUGCACCGGAAGAUCUCCGUCCAGUACGGAGACGCCUUCCACCAGAAACCCUUCUGCAUGCGCCGGGUAAAGGAGAUGGAUGCCUACGGGAUGAUCUCCCCGUUCGCCCGCCGGCCCAGCGUCAACAGCGACCUCAAAUACAUCAAGUCCAAAGUCUUGCGGGAGGGCCAAGCCCGAGAGAGGGAGAAAUGCACCAUUCAGUAAGAAGAGAGACGUCAGGAGGGCAGCCCACCCAAGCAGUGCCUUAAGGGAGAUGGCUCUGGAGGAUGCCCCCAGCCGUGCCAGGGGGAAGUGAGGGGAGUGGGCAGCCAGACUGCCCUCUCUCCCCUUGCAGUUGGGAGCCCAACUGCACUGGCCACAAGGGCAGCAGCCCCCUGGGCUCUGUAAAUAUUUCUGGGUCUUCUCUGUCGCCUCCCCCCACCUCCGAUUCUCCUUUUUUUCUUCCUGGGAUCUCCGACUCCCUUCACUUGGCAGAAGUGUCUCUGGCAAGGAGGAAACAGGAGAGAUCUCAGCUGGGAUGAUGUGGAUGCUGGCUCUCAGCUCCUGCGGGAGACUACCUUGUCGUACAGAAUUCCGACGGGCCUUUCUCCAGAACUCAAUCCAACUGAGCCUCUGAACUGGAUUUCUCUCUGGGUCUGGGGACGUUUGGGCUGUCGAGGUGGAAGUCCUCCGCUUUGGGGAGGGGCGCUCUCCGCAGGAGAGAGGUGACCCCUCCCCAGAAAUUUGUGAUCUUAUUUUCUGCUGUUGAUUUUUUUCUCUCCUGAUGAUCCCCCCUUCCCCCCCCAAACUAGUAGUGUUUGUGUGUUUGAUAUGAAGUGUGUUUGAUGUACCAAGAACAUUUAUCUUCUGAAGCUUCUUGUUUUUUUUAUCAUUUGUCCUUAUCCCUGUGGCUGUUGUCUCUUGGAUGAGGAUAGAAAUGGACUCCCAAAUCAUCGAAGCCUGGCCCACCAUCCUUAGCCAGGCCAUCUGCCGCCUGUUCCUUGGGGGAGCAGAGGACGCCCUCCCCAACAGCCCCACGAACCACCUGCCCCCUCCACAAACCGGGCCCCUCCCCCAGGUCCUUGCAGAAGCAGACUUCUGAUUGGCGCUCAUCCUAACCUCUCUUCCCAAUGGCGGUGGUCUUGGACAGUCUUUCUCUACUAACUUAACCGAUUCAUAAAAAGGGUUCCUUUCCUUUUUAUACACAGAUUUGUAAAGAUUCCCAAGAGGUUCCACGAAAAGGCCAGGGGAUUUGGAGGCAGGGAAAUCUCAGCUGGAUUCCAGCUUUCCCACUUAUUGACCAUUAUGACCUAGGGCUGGUCAUGUUUACUCUGUAUACCUCAGUUUCCUCAUUUGUAAAAUGAUGAGAUGAGUCUGGAUGCCCUCAAAGGCCUUUUCCAACUAGGAUUUUAAAAAAUAACAACUGCCCAGCCCCUAGUGAUUUAUUGUUUGCAAAGCGUUUUCCUCGUGAGGGAGAAGGGUGGGAAGUAAACGUGAAAAUCCCCCAUUUUCCAGAUUAGAAAGUCGAGACUUAGAAGGGUAACUGACUUAAUUGGCAUCACAUGGCAGAGCACCAUCCCAAGAACCCGCAUCUUAUUCCGAUAGGAGUGGCCCAUGUGGACACAAGGGGGAGGAUCCACCCAUGAGUUUGUGGCAAAGGGAGGUGCUUUAUGGUUGAAUUUGAUAAUAUUCCUAAAUUUGAAGCUUCAUAGAUCACAGAUUUAGAGAAUUGUGGAGUUGGAAGAGACUUUAGGGAUCAUCUAAGCCCAUCCUUUCAUUUUACAGAUGGAGAAACUGAGGCUGACAAAAUCCUUCUUCUUUCUCCUGCAUUUUAAGGUUUACAAAGCACUUUCCUGAUGAUGACUCAGUAAGACUGUGCAAGCAUUAAAAAAAAAAACUUCAUCUUAUAGAUGAGCAAACUGACUCGUGUGGUGGCUGAGAUUUGAACCCAGGUGCCCUGACUCCCAGCAAAGAGAAUCAAGAUUCUAGCUCAGGUCCUCUGAUUUCAGAGGAAAAGGGACUGGAUUUGGAAUCACGGGACUUGGUUUCAAAUCCUAGUUCAAAACUUACACGAGCAUGGAUGAAUAAUUUCAUUGCUCUAAGCCUCAGUUUCCCCAAAUGUAAAAUGAGGGAAUUGGACUAGAUGAAUCUUUAAAUCUGUGCUCUUAUGAUUCAAAUACAAUGUUCUUUCCAUUUCCCUCUGUUUUCUGGCUAAGACCCAAAGGGUUCUGGGAUGGGAGGGAAUGACUGACCCAAGAUUCCAUUGGCAAAGACAGGUUUAGAGCCAAGCAUCCCCCUGCCUCCUUUGCCCACCCACCUGCCUACCCAGGUGCUCUUCUACCCAGUGAAGGAGAGCAGGAGUGGGAAUUAGAUAUUAUUAUUCCAUUUUGCAGAUGAGAAAACUGGACCUCAGAAAGGACAAGUCUCUUAACUGGGAUCACAAAGCCAGUAAAUUGCAGAGCGGAGAUUUGAACCCGGGUCUUCUGGCCACAAGCUUUUCGGCUCAAGAACCAAUAUCAUGUCAUAAGAGGACUGUAGACUUAGAGCUAGUCCAUUUUACAGAUGAGGAAACUGAGCCCCAGAGAAGGUUCCCCUAGAUACAAGCAUUAGUUACAGGAUGUGAAACUCUCCUGAAUCCAAAGCGCUCAGGUUCAUAGAAUUUCAAAUUAAAAAGGACCUUAGAGAGUAUGUUAUAUAUUAGUCCCAUUUUACAGCUAAGGAAACUGAGGUACAGUGGUUUGACCAAAGUCACAAAGAUAAGAAGUAGUGAAACCAGAUCUUUUGACUCCAAAUUGGAAGUCUUUCCCAAGCUUAAGGUCCCCCCUCCACAUACGAGUUGUCUGUAAAAAUAGUGCAAUUUCUUCACCUACACAUGCAUAUAUGUGCGUAUAUGUAUAUAUAUGAUGUAUGCACAAAUUCAAGUGGAGAGACACAGGCACACUUCGGCCCCAAUCCUAUGUAUAUUUUGUUCAUGUUGGGGACCUCUUCUCCUGCCCCUGGGCACUGCCCCUGGGUGUCUCCUGCUCCUGGGCAUCUCCUGCUCUUGGGCAUCUCCUGCCCCUGGGCACCGUCCCUGGGCAUCUCCUGCCCCUGGGUGUCUCCUGCUCUUGGGUGUCUCCUGCCCCUGAGCACUGCCUCUGAGUGUCAUCUGCCCCUGAGCAUCUCCUGCCCCUGAGCAUCUCCUGCCCCUGGGCACUGCCUCUGGGCAUCUCCCUGAUUCAGGCAGGUGAGUUCUCUGAGACACAAAUGCCCUCUCCAUUGGGCUUUCACCCAUUUGGGUCUGAGGGAGUAAGGCCGGAGACAAUCCCACUCUUCUCCCCGGCCUCCUUUUUCUCAUGCAGUCCUGGCUGGCAGGGGCACAUGCCCAUCCAGUGACGGGACUCAUUAUACAAGUCAUCAGCUGAGCCAAGGAGUUUCUCACUGAACCUCACUAUCCCAAGUGAGACCCGAUGGGGGUGAGCACUGGGAUCCCACAGGAGGCAGGCAGUGAGCCCAGGUCUGACUCAAAGCCAGGGAGCUCUUUCUAUGACCCCAAGGCAGCAGCGCCAACCUAGCCUCGAUGUCCCCACGCGAGGGUCUUUUGGAGACUUCGCUGUCACAGAAUAAAUGCCGGCCUCCCCUGGAUUACAGAAUUUCUAAGCAAUUACAACAACAAUAAUAACGUCCGUGUCUAUAGCUGUGCCAGCUGGGCACAUCUAUUUCCUCAGAAAAAAUUCACAUAUAACAGUGUGAGUAUUAUAGUCCCAUUUUACAGAUGAGGAAAUGGAGUCUCACAAAGGUCAAGAUGUACACUCUCAUACAUAACCAGGAGAAACUGGACCUGCAUUUGGGGACCUUGACCGUAGGUCUGGCUUUCUGCCCACAUGUCCUGUCUCUUUGGGGUACGAUACAAAAAGUGCCCCCAUUUGCAUCCCAGUCCACUGCCCACUUUGUCCCAAGGAGGCCGCUGGGGCUUUCUAACUGCCUCCCUUCCCCCACCUCUCCAUCUCCCCCAAUGUAAAUAUAUACUGUGGAUAAUUAAAGCUGACUUAUUUAUAAACCUCUCCCUUGCCUUGUAUUUCCUCUCCUUCCCAGACCAGACUUCUCAUUUGGGGUUGUCUCAAACACAGUAUAGGUCAGGGAAGCUGGGAAGAUACAGUUUAAUGAUAAAAAUAACACUAUUGAGAAUAUUAAUAUUGUUUAAAGUAAUAUUAUCCAGAAUAUUCUUAAUGUAUUUGAAUGUUAUUCAUAAUUAAGGAUGUUCUUAAUUGUUAUUAAUAUUAUUCAUCAGUAUUAAGAAUAUUUUUAAUAUUUAUAGCUCUUGUUAAUAUUCUUAAUACUAAGGACUUUUCUCAGGCCGGGUCUUAAUCACCAAUAGCCUGAGAAUUGGAGGGGAUCUCAGAGGGCAUCUCAACCCUUUUUACAAAUGGGGAAACUGAGGCCCAGGGAAAUGAAGAGAUUCAUUCAAGACCAUAGAGCGUUAGAAGGUUGCUCCUCUGACCUCGGAACCCGUGCUCUUUCUUUGUCCCACUCUUCCUCCUCAUUACCUUCCCAUGUCCUGCUGGUGAUGCUCUUUUCUCUAGCUUUCCCAUCAUGUCGAUCUCAAGCGGAUCAGACGUUGGUAUCCCAUCGAGCUUUUGGCUUUCGGCUCCCGAGGACGGUGGCGGCCGGAGGGUCACUGAGCUAGUUCUCUGUCGUAUGUGCGAUAUGAUACGGUGUGAUAUGUCACGGCCUGGGUGUACCACCGCUUAGACUGUCAGCCCUCUGAGGGCAGGGAGCCAGUCUAUCUGUAUGCUCUGUAUAGCGUCUACCCUACUGUGAGGAGCUCAAUAAAUAUUGAACUGCAAGACCA